AUGGAGGUCGCAGCAUUGAAAAGGCAGCAGUCGCCAAGAGCUCAAGUUCAGUCGCCGCUCUCUGUAAGGCAAGUGCAUCUUCCCAAGGACCGAGGCGCAACUCAGAUGGCGUGGAGUCCCGGCGAGGAAGAUGCGAAGCUGGCAAGGUCCAACGGUCACAAACUGCAGCAGAUGCUGCAGCCCGCCAUGUCUGCUCCCGAGACUGCCUUUCUCGACAUCUCCUGCGUUUUUGCCGAGUCGAGUGAACGAUCCGACAUCAGCUACGAGCCGCGGCGCUGCUGGACGACCGAUGGCUCCUCGACACCCGCGCCCGUCCGGCGCCGCAGUAUCUCUUCUUUCGCACCGAUGGACAAGGCACCAAGUUUCAAUGGCCGCUGGCAGCCGGUCGCCCCCUUUGGCCGCUUUCGGCUCGUUUGGGACAUCAGCAGCAUUCUUUGCCUUACCCUUGACUUGAUACUUCUGCCACUACAUGCCUUUUCGCAGUGGAGAGCAGGGGCAACCUUGACGAUCUUUGAGCUACUGCUGCACCUCUUCUGGGCCGCAGACAUUGCUGUUACCUUCUACACGGGUUUUUUUCUGCAUGGAACUCUGGUGCUGAACCGGAAGCUGAUAGCGAAGAACUACAUGCGCGGUUGGCUGUCCUUCGACGUCCUCUACGUAGCUUUGGGCCUGGCCUGGGUGGUUUUGCAGCUGUCGAAUGACGUGCAGGGCGAGGCCCUCAGCUUCAUGACCGCCUUGGGCUGCAUGCAACUUUUCCUGCGGUUGAUUCGCCUCAUGCGCCUCUCCAAGAUGGCGGAGUCGAGCAAAACACGGCUUACCUCGGACAUCCUGAUCGCCAGCGCCAGCAUCCUGCAACUCUCGGCCCAGAUCAUGCUGAACCACCACGCCAUCGCGUGCAUCUGGUACUACGUCGGUACGGUGGGUGGCAGCCAAGGUUGGGUGGCAGUGAACAGCCUGGACCGAUGCGGGCCGUUUGCUGUUUGGAGUUGUUGUAUGAUAAGGCGUAAGGUCCGGGUUUUGGAUUUGAGGAUUGAGAGGACGAAGACGACGAGCUGUUCUGACCUCCCGUGGAACUGCUACUUCUCCUCCCGCUGUUGCUGCCACUGA